AAAGGAAAAAGAAAAGAAAACACAACAAAUCUCAGUAUUUGUUGAUUUGUCAAAGCAUAACAAACUUUCUCCAUUUCCUCUUAACCUUUUCCUCUCUCUCUUCUCUUCUGUGUAAAUAGCAAAAGAAAAAUUUUCCAUUUUCUAUAGCAGCAGCCAUGGCUCCAAACAAGUUUGCAACAAUGCUUCAAAGAAACACACACAAACUAACUGUAAUUCUAGUUUAUGCAUUUCUUGAAUGGAUCUUGAUCAUUCUCCUUCUUCUAAACUCUUUCUUUACUUACCUUAUAACCAAAUUUGCCAACUAUUUUGGCCUUACACCGCCUUGUCUAUGGUGUUCAAGGGUUGAUCAUGUCUUAGAACCCCAAAAUAACACCAACUCUUACAGAAAUCUUAUAUGUGAAACUCAUGCCAAUGAGAUUUCCAAGCUCGGGUAUUGCAAGAGUCAUCAGAAACUUGCGGAAAAACAAAGUAUGUGCAUGGAUUGCUUGGCUAAUUCGCGGCCAAAUCAAAGUGAAGAUACUACUAUUAAUGGAUUAAUUACGAGAAGGAUUGCAUUUCUUUCUUGGGUAAGCACUAAUACGCUUGAAAAUGGUGAAAAGUUAUGUUCUUGUUGUAAUGAGAACUUGAACAAGAAUCGCUAUCCUUCUUACUUGUUGUUCAAUACUUCUUUGAAGACUUUAAGGUAUACCCAGAAAGGAAAUAUAAUUAUAGAUUAUGCAGACAAUGGAAAUGGGUGUAAAUUGCUGAGUAAAGAUAAUAGUUUGGAGAUUGAAGAAAAUUAUGAUGGAGAGGAAGAACAUAAAAUGUUGCUGUCUGAUGUUGGAAGUCUUGGCCUUAAAGAUUCUGCAGAGAAAGAGUGUUCUGUGUCUGAAUGUGAUGAAAAAGAAGCAAAUGGAGAUGAUCGGAAUUCUGCUUAUCAGGGUUUUCUUGGAAAAGAUCAAGAUAGUUCAUUUGAAAUGAUUAAUUAUAUGUGUUGUGAGAGAAAUAAUCUUGAAGGUGAAUUUAAUAGGUUAAUUCCUGUUGAAUUGAUUGAUUCAUCAACUUUUACAAACCUUGGAUCUUUCAUUUUGAAGGAAGAAGAUGUGGAAAAUUAUGAAAAUCUUGAAACUCCAGUUAAGUUAAGUUUUGCAGAAGUUGAAACUUUAGAUCUGCAAGAAAUGAAAAGAGAUUGGGUUAGUGAACAAGAAACUCAGUGUUCAUUUGUCGAUGACAACAAUGUCAAUAUAGCAGACACUAAAGAACAAGAAGACCUUCCAGCUCGGGAAGAAAGAAAAAACGACUUCAAACUGUUGAUUGAUGAAAUUGAUUGUUCAAUCAAUCAACAUGAAGAACGAGACUCAGCUCCUUCGUUGACAUGCAUGCAAGAAGAUAAUCACAAUUCAACAAAAGAAAAUUGUGCAGAAAUUCCUGAUGAAACAUACAUGGCUCAUAAGGAACUUGCUGAUAAUAUGGAACAAGAAGCUAAAAUCCAACAUUCUUCUAUUCGUUCAGAGUCUAAUGAAGCAGAGGACGAGAAAUCCCCGGAGACGCCAACUUCUGUUGACAGUUUUCACUACUUGCACAAGAAACUAGUUGCAUUAGACAAAAGAGAAUCUGGGACAGAAGAUUCCUUGGAUGAAAUGGAAGGUGGAGAUCCAGUUCUAACUGUCGAAAAGCUGAAAACAGCCCUUAAAGCUGAAAGAAAGGUGCUAAAUGCUUUAUAUUCAGAACUGGAGGAAGAAAGGAGUGCUUCUGCAAUUGCUGCAAACCAAACUAUGGCAAUGAUAAAUAGGCUUCAAGAAGAGAAGGCAGCAAUGCAAAUGGAAGCAUUGCAAUACCAAAGAAUGAUGGAAGAACAAUCUGAAUAUGAUCAAGAAGCUUUGCAGCUUCUUAAUGAGCUUAUGAUGAAGAGAGAAAGAGAGAAGCAAGAACUUGAGAAAGAAUUGGAAGUUUAUCGAAAGAAGGUUUUCGAUUAUGAGGCUAAAGAGAAAAUGAGAAUCAUGAGAAGAAGUAGAGAUGGAAGUGUGAGGAGUAGAAACUCUAAUUCUUCUGCUACUUUUAGCAAUUCAGAGGAUAUUGAUGAGUUAUCAAUUGAUCUUAAUCGUGAAGCAAGAGAUGAAGAUUGUAGCGUUAAUGUCUAUGGAAAUCAAGAUAGCAGUAACGAAAAUACUCCUGGUGAAGAAGUUAUAAAUUUGGAGGAAAUAGCGUUAGAUUGCGUAAAGCAAAUAAGUGCACUUGAUGACUCGUUGUUGGAAUUUGAGGAAGAAAGGCUUUCUAUUCUAGAUCAGCUUAAGGCAUUAGAGGAAAAGUUACUUACUUUGCAUGAAAAUGAACUUAUUGAGGACGGAAGUAGUUUAAAAGGAUUUGAUGAAAUCUGUGAAUUAAGUACACCAGAAGAAAAUGGGAUUUCGCAGCACGAGUUAUCCAAGGAAAAACAUUAUAAUGAGAGGAAAACUAUGGGUUCCAUGGCGAAAAGCCUUCUUCCUCUUUUAGAUGCUGCUGAAAAUGAAAAUGAACAAGGGUUGAUGUUUGAAGAAAAUAUGGAAUCUGAAUUUCUUGAAAUGGAAGACCUUUCAAUUCCAAAAUUUGAAUUAGACAGCAAGAAACUUGCUCUUGAAGAAGAAGUAGAUCAUGUUUAUGAAAGGCUGCAAGCUCUUGAAGCUGAUAGAGAGUUCCUAAAGCAUUGUAUGAGUUCAAUAAAGAAAGGAGAUAAAGGAAUGGAUCUUCUUCAAGAGAUUUUGCAACAUCUACGGGAUCUUCGAGCAGUGGAACUUCGAGUUAGGAACAUCAGUGAUGACCCUCUAGGAUGAAGUUUUACCCAACAACUAAGGCAGAGAAGAUGAGAGAUCACUUUCUCAUGGGGGAGCAGGAGAGCUUCACAUUAAAAAACAAGCCAGAAAGCUGAAGGAACUUUUUCUGCAAAAAUCCAGGAAAUCUCAUAAUGGAAUUGAGAAUUUUCUUGGGCUGUUUUGUUUAAAUUGGUGGUGGAUGAUAUUUCAGACUAAAAUACUGAAGAGUCCGCUGCAGGUUCUAUAUGACCUCUUAUUGGGUUUACUACAAGAGUAGUAUAACGCCCAAAUUUUUGCAGUAACUCCUCCAGGAAGUCUUUUUCCAGCCAAAGGAGAAAGACAAAGAGGAGUGCACAAAUCUCCUUGGUUUGAGUGUUUAGUUAGAUAUCUUCGAACUAAGGUGUUGUUAGUUUUCCAGGGAGGUAAAGAUUUGAAGGGGAAGGGGAAGAGGAAGAAGGGUUAACUCUUCCAUCUCCUAGUUUUCUCAUUGACUAUAUCAUAUGGUUGCAGCAAUGUGUUAAUAUUUGUGAGUAUUAAAGUUCAUGUUUGUUCUUUUUUCCAACACCUUGUGAAGAAAUGUGAAUCCCAUCAUUUUCCACCCCAAA